UAGUCCAUAGGCCUUCCUUCGCAGUAGGACUGUAAGGUUUAAUUGAUGAGUAGCUUUGGCUUCGUCGUCGUCGUUUUUACAUAUCCCCAAAGGCCGAAGGGAAAAAUAUCAAUAACAUUGACUACGCGAUUUACAUUUCAUUUUAAAUAUAAAUGGAAAACGGCAACGGCAACGGCAACGGCAACGGCGGGGUAAACCAUACGAUCAGCUGCGACGAUGUAAUUUCCAAGUUGAAGGAUGACGGAGAUUUCGAUCGCCUCCGUCUCAAGAUUAUCCGCAAGCUUAAGGAAAACGAAGAGUUGCGAAAGAGCAUUGUGUCAAUGGUGAAGCAGUCGGUGGCACUUAACCGCCCUGGAGCUGAGAACAUGAAGCCUCGUCAACUAUCCGAUACCAUCCAUCAAGAAGUCGGGGACAGAGUAAACGAACAAAUUUCCAACGGGCUUUGGGAAAUAAUCCGAUCACCCGAUGGCGACAUCAAAACUGAGAUCACAGAAACCGUAAAAUCAGUUUACAACAAACUCUCAACACCAAAUCCCGACCCAAAACAAACCCGUAUACAAAACAAUCAAAUUGACAUCAACUUACCCCAACAACAACAACAACAAGAAAAAGAAACACUCCUUCAAUCAAAACAAGUAUUGGAGAAGGAUACUGUGGAUCCAAGUUCACCACCUGGAUUUGGAUUUGGAAUUGGAUUUUCUACAGGUAAAGAUGAAGGCAAUGAUGGUAGUGAUGAAGACCCCGAAGCACCCCCUGGGUUUUGUUAACGUUUAAAUUUUUCUAAUUGCUGCUAACAACAUUUACACUUUAUCAACCAUGGAUUUUAUAGCAUCGGGUUUUAGAUUAAAAAAAAAAAAUUAGCUAUUGCCUCAUUUUAUGUUAAUUCAAUCACUUGUUUUAGCAUCUUACUUUCUGAAAUGGAAUCUAAAUAGCAACAUA